UUUGCAGAAGGCCUGUUAGUGUGUGACAAACUCGGGAUCCACGAGAAAGUAGGUUACCGAAACGAAACAUAAAUAGGAGAAAGUUGUUUUUGCAGUCGCUUCUGUUGAUAUUCCGAUUGCAAAAAAAUAUAUGUAUAAAAAUGGUAGUGUGAAUGUGGUGUUUGUGCAAACAUAGCGAAAGAGCGGGUGGCUUUGGCGUUGCUUCUUUGCGUUACAUCUAUGAAAGUAGCCCCGGAGACGAGGCGCAGUUCAAGGCAGUGCUAUCUUAACAAGUAAACAAACAUGUGAUUAAAGUUAAUGGUAGCCAUUUAGCAGUCAUUAUAUCUUAUCAAGAUCCUCAAUGCGGUGUUGUGGUCGCGUAAAUACACACCACAGACAUGCUAGAUGCUAUCCACAUGAACCCAAAUACAUUUUGGACACACGAUGGUUUGCGUUCACGUUGCAAAUCGACCAAUUCGCUGGACCUACGUAUAGAAAAGGCUGUGUGUUUUAUGCUGCUAGUCGUCUCUCACCGAUUUGAACAUAAUCUAUUUGCAGAUGAGACUGAAUGACAGAAGAGUGGCUACGUAAAAAGAAGUGGUGACAUGUCCGGCCCCACCUGGCUCCCGCCCAGGACCCUGGACCCCGCCGAGCAGACCGGCCCCCCGAUGUCCCACGUCACCGCAGGGGGCGACAUCUACCGGCUCCCCAACAAGAAGGGCCCCCCCGGCCACCCGGCCCGGCCCAAGUACAACCUCUACGAGCAGAACGGGGACGGUGGAGGAGGAGGAGGUGGAGGUGGUGGUGUAGCCACCAGAUACAUGGCAACUGGACCCACAGGGGGAGCUGCUCAUCAUUCAUCCAGUGACCACUACUACCCUCCUCCUCCCCCCCACGGCCCGAAAGAAGACCGCAGCUGGAGCCCCCACAUGGAUGGCUACGGGCCAAGGCAGCGUAGCCAUGACAACGCCAUGGGCCACCGCUCCAACAUCGACGCCGACAUCGACUCCCUGACCAGCAUGCUGGCCGACCUGGACAGCCACCAGCCGGACCCCAACACACAGCUCUACGACAACGUGCCCUACAGCCCCCACCCCCAGGCCGACCGCUACAGCCCCUCCCCCCAGAGCGUGGCUCCGCCCCCACUGCCGAGCCGGCCCUCCGUGGGCUACCCCCCCCACCCCUCCCAGAACCAGUACCACCAGGGCCGGGCCUACCCCGCCGAGCCCCAGUACCCCCAGCACCAGCACCAGCAAGACUACUACACCUCGUCCUCCUCCUCCUCCGGCGCGGGCCCCAAGCCCUACCCCCAGCCGGUGCCGGCGUCCUACUCCACCGCCUCCACCCCCACCGGGCCCCGCUUCAGCGUGCAGGUGAAGACGGCGCAGCCUGUCACCUACUCCCAGACGGGCCGGCAGGCGGAGCAGGCGCACACGCCGCCGCCGCCACCCCGCCAGCACCAGCACCAGCACGGGGCCCCGGCCCCGGGGGGGGCCCCGCGGGGCUGGUACGCCGGGGCCCCCCAGGGCCAGGAGAUGCACCACCCCGGGGCGGAGCCAGGCCCCCAGGGGGGCGGCAGAGGCGCCCAGAGGGGGCCGGAGGGCGGCCAGGGGCCGGCCUACCAGACGAACAAGGGGGCGUCCACACCCAGACCUGAAGAGGAGCUGGACCGGCUCACCAAGAAGCUGGUGUACGACAUGAACCACCCCCCUGUCGAGGAGUACUUUGGCCGCUGCGCCCGCUGCGGGGACAACGUGCUGGGCGACGGCAGCGGCUGCAUCGCCAUGGAGCAGGUGUUCCACGUGGAGUGCUUCACCUGCAUCACCUGCCACGCCCGCCUGCGGGGGAAGCCCUUCUACGCCCUGGACAAGAAGAGCUACUGCGAGAGCUGCUACAUCAGUACGCUGGAGCGUUGCUCCAAGUGCUCCAAGCCCAUCCUGGACCGCAUCCUGCGGGCCAUGGGCAAGGCCUACCACCCUCGCUGCUUCACCUGCGUGGUGUGCAACUGCUGCCUGGAUGGGGUUCCCUUCACCGUGGACGCCACCUCCCAGAUCCACUGCAUCGAGGACUUCCACAGGAAGUUUGCCCCGCGCUGCUCCGUGUGUGGCCAGGCCAUCAUGCCCGAGCCGGGCCAGGAGGAGACGGUGCGCAUCGUAGCGCUGGACCGCAGCUUCCACGUCAACUGUUACGUCUGUGAGGAGUGCGGCCUGCUGCUGUCUUCCGAGGAGGAGGGCCGGGGGUGCUACCCGCUGGACGGUCACAUCCUGUGCAAGAGCUGCAGCGCCCGCCGCAUCCAGGACCUCUCCGCCAAGAUAUCCACCGACUGCUAGCACGCCGCGGGAGCCGUCGGUUGGUUCCACUGGCAUCAACUCUCAAGCAGUUUCAAAAUAAUGGCAGAUUCCGAUCUGGUUGAACGAGUUGGGGGUAGUUACGAUAACAAAUAUAUACAAAAUCAUGGUACUCCCUAUGUACCGCGUUUUUCUGAGGCCACACUUGAGGCUUCGGUUCUUUGGUGCCCCCUAGUGGUACAGAAUCGCUAAUGAUGUUUCCUGUUCACAACGGUCACGCUCGUGACUCGUCAUGUGAACCACACUCUGUUGUUUGCUUCCGCCGGACUCGGGGUCCCUUACUAAAAAAAUACCGUCCUAUAGUUUCGUUGUUAUUUUCUUUUUAUUUCUCGUUUAUUCCCUUUGGUUCAGUGUCACCUUCAGAAAACCUGACCUGCAGGCAGCUAGGGCUCCAACACAGGAGCCACUUGCAACGUCAAAUCACCGCGUACUACACGGCUAAUGGCUACUGCAUUUGCUUGUUACUGGGAUUGGUUCAAAGGAGGGUCCAGCGACACCGACUUUGGCCAAUCAGAAUGCCACGGUGUUUCACCAUAGAAGGCGACGGUGUUACUUUGUAUGAUGUUUGCCUUUGGUUACUCUUCAGAUGGCUCCUGGUCUACACCUGUACCCUCCAUAGGUCAUAGGUCAUAGGAUAUGAAUAAUGGUAGAUAAUAUGAUGUUCAACACGUGUGGUACCACUGUGUUCACUAUAAAUAAAUGGAUGACAAUUGGAUUUUAGGGGAACUACUUUGAAAUAUGAAAAUAAUGGAAUUAAUGUAUUCAAAAAUGAAAAAGUACUUAUGAGCGUUGAAGGACCCCAAAUGCCACCUCGUAGAAAGUAUAAAAUACAACGUGAACUGUGACUGUACAUAAUUGUUUGGUUUCAACGCUAACCGAUGCUAGUAUGCUAGUACAACACAGAACAAGGCACGGCUUUCAUUUGGGACCUCCUGCCAAAUCAACAUUUCUAGAUGUCCGGAAAUCAAUUAUUAUUAUUAUUUUAUUUUUUUCGUUGUUACUUAAAAAAACAAACUGUUUUAUACUUGACUGUUACCGUGAAUAUGAAGGUGCAAUGAAGUUCAAAUUCAAUCAACUGCCAAAAGCAGAAGAAAACCAGGGUUGUCAGACAACUUAUUUUGAGGGCCAUGUAACGAAGCCAGGUCCUCUGGCUCGUUCUUUGUGUUACAGUAUUUAUUUAGUUUGGCUUUUUCCUGUUUACCCGGUCUUUCCGUCCGACACUUAUUUUUAUUUUUUAUUUUUAUUUUGUGUGUCCUGUGUUUAUCUGCCAUCAAGGGCUAAUCUUUUCCAAAAGCUUACCUCAAUGACUUCUGGCUCUGUGCCAUCCUUGUUUUUCUGAUGCGUUACCCUUCAUUCACAUUGUUAGAUUUACUCGCUUGUCUUUUUUUUUUUACAAUACAUUGUCAAAACUCAUUGAGGUUAUUUUCUUAUCCGAGGUCAAAGUGCCAUGAUGAGAUGAGUUAACACACUAGACACGCCAACGUCAGUAAAUCAACGCGACCUGCUGGGUUUGUGGUUGUUUAUGUUUGUGCUGCCAAUGCGAAUCCUGCUUUGCUGAAGUCGGCCGCGACAUGAACGAAACCCCCGUGACAUCACCCACCUGAAGGCUUCUGUUUUGUAGCCUACCGAAGCACGGGGUUGUACGUUCGACACAAGCUGCGAUAGGAACCGUUUGAUGAAAUGAGAGCAAUAUGACUAUAUGAUGUGGCUUCUCCCAUGCAGAUUGUACUUCAUUAAAAAAAAAAUGAA